GGCAGCCUUAAAAUAAAAGCAGAAAGCUGAAAAAGUCACUCAGAGGCUCUUUCAUAUCUAACCAAGCGACAAAACCACAGGAAGCAGGAGACAGAGAGUAUAUUGUGGGUCAUUUUCAGAGGACAGAAGAAUAAUACACUCCUGUACCCUUGUUAUCUCACAGUCAGCCUGCCCCCACAACGACAGCCUCCAUCACCAGAGUGAAGGUAGACUCUUAGCAGUAACCCAGCUUCAGAGCCCGUCCCUGGAUAUCUCCUGUGAAAGGUAGAACAAUCCGCCGCAAAAAUGGGAUGCUUUGGAUUCCUCAAAGGCAUGAUGUUUGUCUUCAAUGGCAUUAUCUUUUUGGCGGGUGCUGCCAUCCUGGGUGUUGGGAUCUGGGUGAAAGUGGACAGCGGCUCCAUCCUCAGCUUUCUCGGGAAAAUUGAAAACGCACCAGCAGAGCUCAGUCAGGUGCUCAAUGUGGGCUACCUGCUGAUUGCAAUAGGAGCACUCCUGCUCAUCAUCGGCUUUCUAGGCUGCUGUGGAGCCAUCAGAGAGAGCCAGUGUAUGCUGCUGCUGUUUUUUAUCAUAGUCCUGCUGGUCUUCAUAGCAGAGGUUGCAGGAGCAGUGGUGAUCUUGGUAUUCAGACCCUUGGCAGACGAGCUCUUGACCAAGUUUGGCACAGCAGCAGUUCAGAACAUCAAGAAGGACUAUGGGAAAAAUCCUGACGUCACAGGACUGUGGAAUACUACAAUGGGCACGUUAAAAUGUUGUGGAUUCUACAACUCCUCAGACUUCAUGGACUCUCCAUUUUAUGUGGCCCAUAACAAGGAAUACCCAUCACCCUGCUGUCCAGGCUUUAGUGACCCAUGUAAUCAAACGGUGGCUGACAGUGUCAUGAUCACUGGUUGCUUCCCAAAGGUCAAGAAGCUGAUUGAUGACAACACAGUGGUUAUUGUGGCAGUGGCCCUGGGAAUCGCAGCUCUGGAGAUAUGUGCCAUGGUUGUCUCCAUGAUCCUUUUCUGCAGAAUAAAAUCCAGGGGGGACUAACUGCAAAUGGCGAAGGCCUUAGAAGGAUCAUUUUAAUCACUGGAGCCUUUCUGCGUCCUGUAUCGCCUCUGGAGGACUGAAGGGCAAUGCCUUUGUCUUGCAAAAAUGCCUCAUCAUUGAAGACAUGUUUCAUGUCAGAUCUUGUGCAACCACAAUUACCAAAUGACAUAACAAAUCAAUUUUUUUUUUACCACAUUUAAAUCUAAUAGAUGCCAUAUAUGAAUGUACAUUAUCUUAUUUCUUUUACACUUUGUAAAACAGGCUACACACACUGUCUACUUCAGCAGAGAUUAUUUUAAAUGUCAAGCAGUGCUACCACCUGUAACACAUGGCCGGUUAAUGAGGAAUUACAUGAUAACUGCGAUCCUUGUGUAAAUGAAACAAAGGCUGGCUAUGCUGGCUAUGCUGACACAGGAACCACUAUUGUGAAUGUUGUUGCCAUGACACAGCUUGUAAAACAGCAACAGAAAUGAUAUAAUAUUUGUAUGUAUGUUGUAUGGUGGUACAUUUUGAAAUGAAGUGCAUAGUAUUUCUAGACCCUGGUGAGUUUUUGAGUUGGCUGCAUGCAUGGGUGACAUUUUACAGAAGUUUUAAAGGGGAAGGAGAACGAACAAAGUGCAGGCAAAAGACAGCUAAAAGUCAUUCUUCUGUUCCCUCUUUUAUCGUGCUUUAACAAGCAAACAGGUCUGACAAAAAACACAUUUGUUGUCAAGCACAUGAGGGUUAAAAGUGUAUUUUUAGCUAUUGAGUUUUUAAAGAUAAGUGGGCUACAUAUUAGUACCACUAGGUGACAUUUGCCUGAAACUAUUAACAGUGGAAUCAUGAGCUCUAAUUUCCCAUUCAGGAUUUUGUUUGGACAAGAUAACAUACAACACAUAUACUGUUCAUCUGAAUUAGGAUCAAGCUAAUUGUCUUGGUUUAUUUACUUUAAUAAAAGUAAAAUAGUAGGUAUUAAUGUGUAACAUGCUAUUUACCCUUACUUUUAGAUGAGCAGGCUUUUGAAAGCUGUGAGUCAGAAACCUGCAGUUUGUCCACAUGAGUUAGCUGUGAAUCACUUGGACUCUGGCUUCAUUUGCUGCUUUACAGUCUGGAAAGAAACUUGUGAUCUUUGGAAUGUGCAGGUUCAUUUAAGUACAGCACACUAGUUAACAUGCCUGCCUAAGGCUGUCAUACUUUGGGAUCAGCCCAGCAGGCAUUACUGUUUCAUUUGAAUCAUUUGAAUCAAACGCUUUCCAUCAGCCUUUUGUUCACAGUCGCUCAAUUUAGCUGAUUUACUGACACCGUUUUUAUCAUCGAAUAAAGACACCUGCUACAGUAUAGAUGAUUUGUAAAGGGGAACCGAUUUUACACAUUAAGGUCUGUUUACAGUAGGCUGCUGCUAAGCUAACAUUAUCAAGGCACCAAGAAGACCCUGCAGUCUGCUUACAUGAGCCAAGGGGCGCUGUCACAAUAAAUAUCAAAUUUAGAUUCUUUUUUUUCUUGUAAUGUCUAACAUGUCUCACUCUGUAUGACAUCUUUUGCAUGUGCAUUAAGCGUGCAUUAAAGUAUUCAGUCCCUGUAGAUUCCUAA